CAUUUUACACAUAAUAUAUAUACAGUGUACAUGCAUAUUUCCAGCGUACACGUGCUUGGCAGGGGAAGUCCAAAUUUAACCUUAAAAUAAUUUAUAUCGAAGAUAUUUUAGUUCUUUGUGGUGUAUCGAUAAUUUAUUUACGUAAAUAUAUUUUAACAAAAUCAGAUCAUUACAAUGGCAAUGCAAAUUCCUACAAAUGUGGAUCCUGAACAAAUUAAAUCUGUUCGAGAUUUUGUGGCGUCCUAUAAUAAAUUGAUAGAAACUUGUUUUAUUGACUGUAUAAAUGAGUUUACUACACGAGAUGUCCAAGCAAAGGAAGAAACUUGUGCUCUGAACUGCAUGGAAAAAUAUCUCAAGAUGAACCAAAGGAUGUCACAACGUUUCGAAGAAUUUCAAAUGCUUGCUAAUGAAAAUGUACUUGCUGCUCAGAAAAAGUUAAGCGAGGAUAAAAAGUCUUGAAUGUUAUAUCAAUAAAGUAUGUAAAUUAAUUAUCUUUAA